AGAAUAAGUUGGAUCUCUUCUCUUCAGUGAAACCCUAAAUCAUAUCAAAAGCUAAAGGGAUGUGGAGAGUCCGGAAAAAGGGUUACUUUGGGAUUUGGACAUUCCUUUUAAUAAUAGCUGCGGUCUGUGCACAGAGUGCCAAUGACCCUAGCAAUAUGUCACUGGUUAAAGAGACGGUGGAUAGACUGCUGAAAGGCUAUGACAUUCGUCUGAGGCCAGAUUUUGGAGGUCCUCCUGUGGCUGUGGGCAUGAAUAUAGACAUAGCCAGCAUAGAUAUGGUAUCAGAAGUCAAUAUGGACUAUACCCUGACAAUGUACUUUCAGCAAGCUUGGCGAGAUAAGAGGCUGUCAUAUAAUGUAAUACCUUUAAAUCUCACGUUGGACAAUAGAGUAGCGGAUCAGCUCUGGGUGCCUGACACGUACUUCCUGAACGACAAGAAGUCAUUUGUGCAUGGGGUGACUGUCAAGAAUAGGAUGAUCCGUCUGCAUCCUGAUGGGACUGUCCUUUAUGGCCUCAGAAUUACAACCACAGCUGCUUGCAUGAUGGAUCUGCGCAGAUACCCUCUAGAUGAACAAAACUGCACCCUGGAGAUUGAAAGCUAUGGCUAUACGACUGAUGACAUUGAAUUUUACUGGCGUGGAGAUGAUAAUGCAGUAACAGGAGUGACAAAGAUAGAAUUACCACAGUUCUCUAUUGUUGAUUACAAACUGAUCACCAAGAAGGUUGUUUUCUCCACAGGCUCUUACCCCAGGCUGUCCCUCAGCUUCAAGCUUAAGAGAAACAUCGGAUACUUCAUCUUGCAGACCUACAUGCCCUCCAUUCUGAUUACAAUUCUCUCAUGGGUUUCCUUCUGGAUUAACUAUGAUGCCUCAGCAGCACGAGUAGCAUUAGGAAUUACCACUGUACUAACAAUGACAACCAUCAAUACUCAUCUUCGAGAAACUCUCCCCAAAAUUCCUUAUGUGAAAGCCAUUGACAUGUAUCUUAUGGGAUGUUUUGUCUUUGUGUUCAUGGCAUUGCUGGAGUAUGCACUGGUCAACUACAUCUUCUUUGGUAGGGGACCCCAGCGUCAAAAGAAAGCAGCUGAAAAAGCUGCCAGUGCCAACAAUGAGAAGCUGCGCAUGGAUGUCAACAAGAUGGACCCUCAUGAAAAUAUCUUACUGAGCACCCUCGAAAUAAAAAAUGAAAUGGCCACCUCUGAGGCAGUGAUGGGACUGGGAGACCCAAGAAGCACCAUGUUGGCUUAUGAUGCUUCAAGUAUCCAAUACCGGAAAGCUGGCUUGCCCAGACAUAGCUUUGGCCGCAAUGCCCUGGAGCGUCAUGUGGCACAGAAGAAGAGCCGACUACGGAGACGUGCCUCCCAGCUGAAAAUCACCAUCCCCGACUUGACUGAUGUAAAUGCCAUAGAUCGAUGGUCGCGUAUAUUCUUUCCUGUUGUUUUUUCCUUCUUCAAUAUUGUCUAUUGGCUUUAUUAUGUGAACUAAAAAGUAGCAUCUCAUGGGAACAAAAGACUGGAUUUCUCUUCAAACUGGUUGUACAGCCAAAAGUGGGACUUGGAAAAAAAAAUAUUUUCAGGAAAAAAAUGAUUUUAAAACACCUUAGUUGCUGGCCUAUUCUGUGGUUCAUUUCAUACUAUAUGGAUUGCUUCUGCUAAACACUUCCUUAUGCUACAAUCUAUGUAUUUUUCCCAGUUAAAAUAGAAGUGUAUUUGGUGCGUGAUGGCCAAAUUCAGUUCUGACAUGCCGUUUCCAUUUUAUAUGCUUAGGGCUCACUCAACCUACACAAGUGGGAAAAUAUUGGGAAAUAGUCUUAAUGAGGUGUAGUAGCAAUGCGAACCAUUUCCUUGUGUAAUGGGCAUGUCUAGCUGCUCCACAGUUUGAUUUCUAAAGGAAGGAAAUAUGUCAAAUUGAUAUUAAACUUAGAGAUCGUUCACAGUUCAUGGAGAAUACUUUCAACACAAGUUGAAAGUAGUACUGAAGAUCAUAAAGUGAUGUUAGAGUGGUGAUGAUGAAGAUAGUGAUGACAGGUCACUAUUUCCCAACACCUUGCAAAGGUCUUGGUUAGUUCACUGAUAAAGGAUCGGCAUUUGACAUGCAGUGCCACAUAAUAAGGAAGUCAGUCUGGAAAGUCAUGGAAACCAAGGUUGCCUUCUCUAGCCCCAUUAAAUGUUGGCAAAGUACUACAGUUAGAAAACCCAGUGCUAAGAAAAAGGAGACUGGUGGUGAUGGUUGCUGUUGUUUUAAGUGUGAUCUUUGAUGGGGGCGGGGCUGAAGAGGUUGGGCAUUUCGUAAGAAAACUAUUUCACGGGUGGCUGCAGAAAUUGUUUAUAACCUGCCUUUUAUGUAAAAGGAGGGGGUUAGUCUUCAGAGAAUAUCAGGAAAACUAGAGAAAACUUUUUAAAGAUAUAAGAAAACUUUUAAAAGUAUAUCAGCAGCCAAGCAUGUCUCAUCAGCUCUAUACACCACCAGGGUACAUAUGAACAAGGUACAGUGGCCAAUGGUGAACUGGGCAGGAUUUGUAUACAACUUCAUAAGCUUUGGGGCAUUGUAUCUACUGAUACUUUGGUGUGCAGCCUAUUCAGAGGACAGAAAAGAAUGGGCAAGAUUAUGGGAAUCAAUAGUACCUGAGAUGUUUGACAAAGAAUUUGUCUUGAGCCUUGCUUCUCAUAUCAUGGCGCGCAGUUGACGAAUGGUGGAUUUCCCCACCUCAGCCCAUGCUAACCACUUCUGUGGAAUUUCCCACAAUAUGUUUCCUGAAUUGAAUGGGGUGCUCCUAAAUGAAGGCGCCGUUCGUUGCUUUAGCAAGGUCAAGUGUCCUCUCAUGUCUUUGUUGCCUCUGAAAUCUGAUUGCUGCUUCUUUUGAAAAGUAGUAAUAUAGAAAAAUAGUUAAUAAGUGUUAGGCGAUUCAGUAAAUUGUUUUCCUCUUACAUGUAGUGAAGUUCACUUUCACAUUUUCCACAGAAGUGGUAAAAGAAUUAGAUGUAGUUUUUGAUUGUUUUUAAGAAAGAAUACUCUCUUUUUGCAUGUGGAAAUCUGUCCAUUGAAGGGAAAAUAGAGACUAGAAAGAAGAUAACAGCAGAAUUUCCUUGGCAGGCUCAGUUGUAAGGGUCUUCCUUUAGAAAGCAACCACAUUGCAUUGUACUAACUAUACCUCUAAAUGAAGCCAUUGUAUUUGAAACAUCAUUUGGAAAUGGAAGGGAUGAUAUUUGGGCCAUCUUGUAGAAAAUAGAUUGAUUUUACAGAGCUUUGUUCAGUGAAUGACUUCAGAAGUUUGGUUUUUCCUCUUUUUUUCCUAAAGGAGUGCUUCUUUUUUUUUAAUGAAGCAGCAUUUGUGUUUAAGAAUACAGACAGAAUUUGAUAUGAAAGGCUCUAUGGGCCAGGGUUCACCAGUAGGUUGCAUGAGCUAGCUCCUAUUUGUCCUUUUAUUCAUGGCUGAUUUCUAACAUUAGCUGGAAAUGGUGCUUUAUCACAUAGACAUCUUGUUCUGAAUUUGAGACAACAGAUUGUCUCUGUUAGCAGAAGGUGGCACACUAUUAUACCUGCCUUCUGCAUAUAUAGCUAGAGAUAGGCCAGAGUGUGAAACAUUUCUUUGGCAAUCCCAUUCUUUUAUUUGUUGAAGCUCACUCUGGUGAUAACUCUGUGGAAGAAAUAGUCCGGUUCUUAUGCUUGGGCUCAUAACAGAGAACAUACUCAAGAUAACCCCAAGAUUUCUUUUCCCCUAAAAUGAUUUCUUCUUAGUCAUCACCUAACUAGCCUUUCCUACUUCUGCUACCAAUUAAAUAUGUAAUGUAGAGAGUAUUUCAAUACCUCAGAUACAUAAAUGAAAGAAACAAAUAGGCUGAAUUCUGCCAGGAUGGUUCUAGGGAAAAGCCAGAGUCUGAAUCUGUAAGUAGGGCUGCUACCUGCCAUUACCAUAAAAGCCAUAAUAAUCCUCAAUAUUGCCAUGUUAUGGGUGCAAUAAAAUGCCUAAUGUGGAAGGAACUGAGGACAGAGACCUAGAACAAAGCAAAAAAAAGCAAGGUACUCUCUGCCAAAUGGACCUUUCUAUAGACAAAGUUAUUUCAAAGGAAAUGAAAUAGGCUAUUCCAUUUAUGCUCAUAGUUGUGUUGGGAUGAAGACAUUAGGAAAAGGAGUAAUGAGGAGACAUUAUAAUGGAAAAUAUAGAGUUGUCCAAGAGAGUGAAUCUUAUGUUGGCUUCCAGCUACCACUCUCUUGGAUCCCAUGAGAGCAAUGACUCCUCUUGUCCUCGGUUGUUUGAUUGAGAUUUUAUUCUCUGAUCUGGCUAGGAAGAAAGUGCCUGAGAGUGGUUUGAUGCUGCACUUGAAGAAAAGAAUCAGAAUGAGCCUGUAUAUUCUACUUUCUUAUGAGUAAGGUUGCAGACUUGUAAAAAUAAUCCGUGCAAAGGCAAUGCUGAUAUUAUAUGACUAUUAGUAAACAUAUUUCUUUUUGAGUAUAAAACAGCCAGACAGCCAGCAAUUAAGGUGUUUUUCAUCUUUAUGAAAUUCAUGGACAAAUUCUGACUCUAAAAUGGCAAAGUUUUAACAAAAUCUUGAAUCUCAAUCUGUAAAUAUCUCUUGUAUAUGACUGCUAGCAAAUAUGAAAUGCAUUUUCAGAAUUGAAAACCAGUGCAACAUAUUUCUGUGUUUGCAUAAGGAAUGUUACUUUUCUUUCUUCACUCUAUUAACUGGGAGAAAAAAAAACUCCAAUGUCAUUUAGGUGUUCUCUAUUCUCUUCUCAUUCUUCUAAAAAUCAAUCUAAAAUGAAAAGUAGGUGAAAGAUCUCUCUGAGAGAUUUUACUUUCUAGCUUAAAAGCUUAAGGAACACACCCACAUGUGCACACACACACACAUGCAAACACAUACACAUACAAACUGUCAGCUAAAAAAGCACAAUGCCUAGUGAAAGAGAAGGUGGGUUUGUAAUUGGGAAAUGAACCGAUUAAUUUUAGGCCAGAUCCACAUUUUAAUGAAAAAUCCAACAAUAUCCACUUUGAGUAAUUGAGUUUCCAGUCCUUAAAUUAACACAGAACUCAACAGAAAAGGAAACCAAACUUACAACAUAUCCACGUGUAUAUAUAUGUAUAUAUAGGUCGGUAUAAACAUACAUACAUAUAUAUGCAUUUAUAUGUUGGACAGCAAAAGGAAUAAGCUAAUAUGUUUUGUUUCUAUCACUUAAACCAGUAUAAGAAUAUUUUUUACUUUGGGGAAAAAUCAAUACAUUAUAAUAACUAACUAUACAGGGUAACUGGGCAUUUCUAUUUCAACCAAUCAAUGCAUACAAUUCUUACAAAACAUUGCACAAUUUGACACUAUAAUAGUACUGUGCCUCAACAUCUGAAAUUAGAUUAAAUUAAAUUCUACUGAUUUCCUACUUUCUCUCUCUCUCUCUCUCUCUCUCUCUCUCUCUCUCUCUCUCUCUCUUACUCCCUGCCUCCCUUCCUCCCUCCCUCCCUCUUUCCUCUCUGUCUUAAAAAAAAUUGCCCACUAGCAAUUAAAAAAAAUUUAACAAACAUAUCCUAGAGAAACCAAGGGAAAGUUAUGCUACCAAACCUUUCUAGGAAUACAAACUGAUGGGUUGGCCAGGGUAAACUAUUCUUAACAAUAGUGAGCAUAACCAUUUUGCUAUAUGUAUAUAGAACAUGUAAUGUGUGCAAUUCUAAGUCCAGCUGAACAUCUGUAAAUAUCAUCAGAUUUCUUAAACAUUUUUAACUUCUAAUUUGUACUUUAUGGUAAGGCAAAAAUGCUAUGAUCUAGGUGAACUGUGUCCUAAAGCCCUGUAAAUAAGUAAGCUGUAAAUGAGCAGUCAGUAGAUUCAGUAAUUGUUUAGUUGUUUUUUUUUUCAUUUUAUUAAGUACUAUAGUUGCAGUACCCAAACAGAGUAAUUUAAACACCCUUUUUCACAGACAGUUCAGGAUUACAGAUAACAGAAUCUCAACUUAUUUUUGAUUUUUUUUUAAAGUCAGUGGGAAUUGUUAUAGUGUUAGAAGUAAUGCAACAAUAGAAUGAGUACAGCUGUGACAGGAAGCAGGAAGCAGUAAGCAGUACAAGUCAAAGUUAGCAAAAGAUUUUUUUUUUCCCAGCAGAGGUCAAAGAAGAGAUAAGGUUGUAGCUAAGCACUAAGUUUUGAGAGGAAGUGAAAGUCAUAUUGAUCUCACUGCAGAGAAGAUUGCUUGUUCCAGAAAUCUAUGAUAAAAGUUCUGGUAGAUUUUUUUUAAAAGACUGUCCUUCUAUAGAUCCUCAAAACCAAAGACUCCAGAAUUGUGGGAAAUAAAGGGAAAGCUAACCAGUCACUGCUUAACACCAAAGGCAAAGCUUUUUAAAAUGCACUAGGAACUUUGUUUAAAAUGAUAAAGAAUCAAUGGCAUAGUCAUUCAGAAAUUGUCCUUUUCUACUCUGUCGAAAAACAAAAUGUUGAAAAAAAAAAGAGAACAGCAACAUUCUGAAAUAUCAGCUACAUGGAGAUGUAAAUAGACCAUGUCUUCAGAUAUAUGAAACAUUAUGAUAACAAGCAUCUUUUUUUUCUGAAGUGCUUUAGGGAAUGAGGGGGGGAAAUGAACUGAUGGAAAACAUCAUCUUGUUUUCACUUUUUAGUCAUUCUCCUUGUCACAUUUUCCUUCUCGGAUUUGCUCCCAGUCUCUGUGUCACCAGUGUUUGGAGCACAAUCGACCUCCCCCUUAUGACCUACCCCGUAUGUCUGUAUCUCUCCAGAUGCCUCUAUUUCUGCUUAGUCAGUUCUGUAUUUUGAGUUUACAUUUGAGUUUACCUUCCACACAUUGAGAUGAACUCUAACAAAAUUGCCUAUGAUUUAAAUUUCUUAAUGCUUCUUUUUCUUUGCAUGGGUGUUUAAAUGGUUCUGUUAUUAAUGUCUCUGCACAAUUCUGAUGUCUUUUUUUUAACUUAGUACUCUGCUUCACAAUGUAGUCAUGAUCAGCCUUACUAAUUACCUUGUAGCCUUUCUUAUAUGCACAUAAUGCACAUUUUUCAACAGCUAGAAAAUGCAAAAUACUAGCAGAUAUCAUUGCAUCAGAUUUUCAUGUUUUUCUCAAAAGAACUGCUAACCUCUGGGAUAAGUGAGGUUGUAAAAGAAAAAGAUUGUUGUAAAUGAGUAGAACAUAAAAGAUAUUUUCUUGAAUUUAAACUUAUCGCAGCCAGUCUUAGCAUGUAAAUAUAUAAUAAUGUUGGCUAGUGUAAUUCUUGAACUAAAAAUACAAAUA